AUGGCGAAUUGUAAGUUUAAUAGCCUUAAUAUUCUAGAAAAUAAUUCAUUAGAAAAAUACAUUGAAUCAACUGAAAUAUUAAUAAGAAUAGCUAAUAAUGUUUUAAAAGAGCCAUUAAACCCUAAAUUUAGAUCUAUAUCAUUUAGCAGUAAUACUUUUACAAAAAAGUUACUGCCAGCUAAUGGAGCCGUUGAAUGUUUGCAAGAAAUGGGUUUUCAGAAGGAUAAAGAUAAUUUAGUACUUAAUCAUCAAACAUCUUUAGAUUCAAUUAAAUACAUUCAUGAUGAGCUAAUCAAAAGACGAGAACAAAAAAUCGUAACCAAAAACUCUGAUAAAAGCACAGAAAAUAAACACAAAGAAGAAAAAUUUGAUAAAAUUUCAAAAAUAGAAAAAGAUUUAAUUGCCUUGCAAAAUCAAACUUCUAAUUCAUAUCUAAAAAAAAUUUUAUUUUGGUGUUUUCGAAUUUUAAAAUAUGAAAACCAUAGUUUUAAAAAAAAAGCUUUAAGCUUGAUUCCAAUUACAGAAUUAAAUUUACAAGUUAUGAAAAAUGUAAGAAAUAUUCAAAAAGAACAUAAAAAAAAUCAAACUGAUGACCAAAAUAUUGAUUGUCAGGAAUUAUUACUUAGAGAGUUAUGUAAUUGGUUUAAUAAUGAAUUUUUUACAUGGGUUGAUACUCCUCAGUGUUCUUAUUGUGGUUUUAUUGAAACAGUAUACGAAGGAACAAGUUAUGAAGUUAUACCAGGAGCUGACAGAGUUGAAAAAUAUAAAUGCCACAAAUGCAAUGAAAUCAAUUUAUUUCCUAGGUUUAACGAUCCGUGGAAGCUUUUAGAAACGAGAAAAGGAAGAUGUGGAGAAUGGGCUAAUAGCUUUUGUUCUUUUUGUAGAGCUUUAGGUUGGGAUUCACGAUUAGUUUUCGAUGAAACUGAUCAUGUUUGGGUUGAAGUUUAUUCCAUGACUCAAUUAAGAUGGAUACAUUGUGAUCCUUGCGAAAAUGUAGUCGAUACUCCUUUGAUGUAUGAAUGUGGUUGGAAAAAAAAACUAUCUUAUGUAAUAGCAUACUCCAUAGAUGACAUACAAGAUGUCACUUGGAGAUAUUCAUCUAAUCAUGCUAAAGUUUUAAAGAACAGAAAUAAAUGUUCUGAAGACGCUUUAGUUAAUUUUAUUAUUAAAAUAAGAAAUACUUUGUUGAAUCAUGUAUCGACGUCUAGAAAAAAUUAUGUACUCAAAAGAACAGCUUUAGAAUUAGUGGAAUUAAUGAAAGAAAAUACUGCCAGUGAGUCUGAAGAAAAAGGUAGAAUAUCUGGUUCGUUAAAUUGGAGACUUUCUAGAGGGGAAACAUCAAAUGAUGAAUUAAAUUUUAAACCUUUUGUAUGGAAAAUUGAUGAGAAGGAUAAAGAAAAUGGAAAAUUUGAAUUAGUUUACAUUACUUCAAAGGAUAUUUACAUUAAGCAUUCCGAAGAGGUGUUAAAAACAUGGAAAUCCGGAGUUUAUAAAUUAAACUCUGUAUUUAAAAAAGAUGAGAAAAAUUGGAAAAUGAGUUAUCUUGCUCAUUUAGAGGGAACUGAAAAAGGUACGGUAUCCUGGAAAUUUGAAACCGGAGAGGAUUAUUCAAUAGGUAACAUUAAUUUAAAAUUAGUGAGUCAGAUUUACGAAAAGGGAAUUGUUGUUAGUAAAUUACAAACCGAUACUACGAGUGUCAUUAUUCCAAAUGAUUCGAAAAUGUUAUCUACCGAUGCCUUUUCUGGUUGUAAAUCAGUCGAAUUAAUCGUAGAAUUAUGCGGAGUGAAUUUCUGGCAACAUGCACAAAUAUUAAGGCAAUCAUUCUUUGCCGAAGACUCAACACUCCAUAUUGUUAUUUCAUUAAUUAAAAAUUAA